AUGAAUGUGAUCGCAGCAGUCAAAGCAUAUGUGAAUAAAAUGACUGAAGAGAGUGAACCUGGCAUGAAAGUACUUUUGAUGGAUAAGGAAACCACAAGUAUUAUUAGCAUGGUAUACGGACAGUCUGAGAUACAACAAAAAGAAGUUUUUCUGUUGGAGCGAAUUGACUCGCCAAAUUAUGCCAACUCUACAGGACUACGUUAUCUCAAAUGUUUGGUGUUUCUGAGACCAACACAACAGAAUAUUCAAGCUUUGUGUGCUGAGUUGCGCAAUCCAAAGUAUGGUGCUUAUUAUAUAUACUUCAGCAACAUCAUUGCAAAAGCUGACAUCAAGAUACUUGCAGAACAUGAUGAACAAGAAGUAGUGAAGGAGGUACAAGAAUUCUACAUGGAUUAUUUGGCGGUGAAUCCCCACCUGUUUUCUAUUGGCUUGCCUACAUGUAUGCUCUCUGGUAACUGGAACCCAUCUGCACUUCAAAGAACAGUACAAGGUAUUGUAUCUGUUCUUCUAUCAUUAAGAAAAUGUCCAACCAUUCGGUACCAAGCAAAUUCUGAUCCUUGUAAAAUACUAGGCCAAAGAAUAGAUGAAGUAAUAAAUAAAGAGUCCAGUUUAUUCUCUUUUGGGCAAAGUGGUCACUCUUUACUCCUCAUCUUGGAUCGCAGAGAUGACCCAAUGACCCCACUACUAAACCAAUGGACUUACCAGGCAAUGGUACAUGAGCUGUUAACUAUAAACAAUAAUAGAGUAAAUUUGUCUAAUGUACCAGGAAUACCAAAAGAAAUGACUGAAGUUGUUUUAUCAGCAGAGCAAGACGGAUUUUAUGCUAGGAAUAUAUUUAUGAAUUAUGGUGAAAUAGGAACAAGCAUAAAACAACUCAUGGAUCAGUUUCAAACUAAAGCAAAAAGUCACCAAAAAAUUGAAUCUAUUGCUGAUAUGAAGAACUUUGUAGAAGCAUAUCCACAGUUUAAAAAACUAUCUGGAAAUGUAGCAAAGCAUGUAACAGUUGUAGGAGAGCUUAGUUCGAUGGUGAACAAAUACAACUUGCUAGAUGUUUCUGAGGUAGAACAAGAAAUCUCCUCUCAGGCAGAUCACUCAGCACAUCUACAGAGUGUCAAAAAAUUGAUCAACAAUGACAAAGUUCGGGAAAUUGAUGCUGCAAAACUGGUCAUGUUAUAUGCCUUGAGGUACCAGAAUCACAGCAACAAUGAUGUGAAAAGCCUAAUGAGCAUAUUGAAGAAAAGAGGCGUGUCUGACUCACUUCUCAAGAAUACUGUCAACAUUUUGGAAUAUGCAGGAUCUCAUGCUAGACAAAGUGAUCUCUUCAAUGUGGAAAAUGCUGUGAAGAUAACAAAAAGGUUCAUCAAAGGAUUGAGUGGUGUAGAUAAUGUCUAUACUCAGCAUAAACCAGUACUUCAUGAAACAUUGGAAGAAUUGAUGAAGGGAAGAUUAAAGGAACAGCUUUAUCCCUACAUUGGCAAUGGUUACAAUAAUGGAAGAUACCAAGACAUCAUAAUUUUCAUUGUUGGUGGAGCCACAUAUGAGGAGUCUUUGACAGUGCAUUCAUUUAACAAAAUUAAUUCACCCAGCGUUAAUGUUUUACUUGGAGGUACAACAAUCCAUAAUUCUGCAAGUUUUCUUCUAGAGGUAGAACAGGCAAUGAGGAAUGUUGAAAGGACGCAUACCUAG